UAACUUUGUAAGUUUAAAUUAACCGCGUUGUAACUUUAUAGAUUCGUACUAGUUGUCGUACUGUGACUGUGCGCGAGAGGUUAUAUAAAUUAUAAAAAAUGGUGAAAAUUUUGAGAAAAGUGAUAUUUUUAGACGACUUAAAACCGAUAUAUCAUAAACCUUUCUGGGAGAAGACAGCAUUACUAUGGGAAAAGUUUAAAGAAGCUAACCCUAUAUUAGGACUAUUUGCACCUAUUGCUGCAGUAGUAAUUCCCACUUUAGGUGGAAUAAUAUUUUAUAACAAACUUCAUGACAAUCCUAUUCCAAAAUAUUAUGAGUAUAUUGUUAUUUACAGACCUGACGAUCCAAGAGUUCCGCAUAUUAGAAAAGAUAAUACAUUGAAAAUAGGAAAAUUAUUUGAAAUGGAUACAAUACAUAUGCCACAUUAGUUGUAUGUUGCUUGAAUAAUAUAGUAAAUAAAAAUCUGUUAUUAAGUAAAAUCA